CAACCCCUGAAGUCUGACGCACAAUCAUGAGUGAUUGUCAAGGGAAGAUAGCGUGAGCAGUGUAGCACAUCGGACAAACUGGUGGUAGGAAGGUUGAAGGAUGGGAGACUGUAGUGAUCUUGACAGACAGAUCGAACAAUUACGGCGAUGUGAAACCAUUAAAGAAAGUGAGGUGAAAGCCCUUUGUACCAAAGCCAGAGAGAUUUUAGUAGAAGAAAGUAAUGUUCAACGAACUGAUUCUCCAGUAACGGUUUGUGGUGACAUCCAUGGCCAGUUCUAUGACUUGAAAGAACUGUUCAAAGUUGGAGGAGAUGUUCCUGAAACAAACUACCUAUUCAUGGGAGAUUUUGUUGACAGGGGAUUCUAUAGUGUUGAGACUUUUCUUCUUUUAUUAGCUCUUAAGGUUAGGUACCCUGAUAGGAUUACUCUGAUCAGAGGCAAUCACGAAAGCCGGCAGAUUACCCAAGUCUAUGGGUUUUACGAUGAAUGUCUACGAAAGUAUGGCUCAAUCACAGUCUGGAGAUACUGUACUGAAAUAUUUGAUUAUUUGAGUCUGUCUGCCAUCAUUGAUGGGAAAAUAUUCUGUGUUCAUGGAGGUCUUUCCCCUUCCAUAACUACCCUGGAUCAGAUUCGAACAAUAGACCGAAAGCAAGAAGUACCACAUGAUGGUCCCAUGUGUGAUCUCCUAUGGUCAGACCCUGAAGACACACAGGGGUGGGGUGUAAGUCCUCGAGGUGCAGGCUACUUGUUUGGGAGUGAUGUUGUUAAUCAGUUUAAUGCUAAUAAUAACAUUGAUAUGAUAUGCAGGGCACAUCAGUUAGUAAUGGAGGGAUACAAGUGGCACUUUAAUGAAACUGUCCUUACUGUCUGGUCAGCACCUAACUAUUGCUACAGGUGUGGAAAUGUUGCAGCGAUUUUAGAAUUAGACGAAAACCUUCAAAGAGAAUUUACAAUAUUUGAAGCAGCACCUCAGGUAAUUGAGGAAAGUCGAGGAAUUCCAACGAAAAAGCCACAACCUGAUUAUUUCCUUUAAUUUAAAACUGAAAACAACAGUGGUGUAAUAAGUAAAUCAUGACGUUGUUCUUUUAGUGUACUUCAGAACAUAGUGAAAGAUCUGCCAAAUACAAAGUGUCUUGAUGCCUUACUGGAUUUGUUUCGUUAAGAUCACCUGAUCCCCUUCUGAGGAGAAACUUACAAAACUAGGAUAAAUCAAAGUUUUUUUAGUGGGUCAGAAGGGGUUGAGUACCAAACUGUUCACUUUCACUGUCUACCAGUUCAUACUGUGUCAAAUUUGAUUAUACUUCAGUAUGUAAAAAACUGAGUAACAUGUCCAAAACUGAUUCCUGAGCUCUUGUCAAACUAGGUAAAUGUAAACUUUUAAGUGUAUAGUCUGGAAAUAAACUAAAGUUUCCUGUA